AUGUCUGAAAAUAGAAAACGUUUACGUGAGGACGAAGCCUGUGAAUUCAUGCCAUUGUCAAAAAGAAUAAACAAUUUGCAUAUUAACAAUAAUCUAACAAACUCGAAUAUCAUAUCUCAGACAGAAUCUAGUCAAUCUCUAUAUGUUGAAAGUAGUUGCAUUCCAUCUCCUGGGUCGUCUACAGACUCAGAUCGAAGACCUAGCUAUGAUCCCGGUCUGAGUUCAUCACAGAGUAGCUAUUAUUAUGAUAACAAACUACUGUUUGAAUUACAUUUGGAAAGAAUACAAAGAACAGGGCAGCAGUUUCCAUUUUAA